GAGAUGGAUGGAGGCAACCAGAGCAGAGUCUCCGAGUUCCUGCUUCUGGGGAUCUCAGAGAGUCCUGAAGACCAGCGGGUCUUGUUUUGGACGUUCCUGUCCAUGUACCUGGUCACGGUGGUGGGAAAUGCACUCAUUAUCCUGGCCAUAGGCACCGAUUCCCACCUGCACACACCCAUGUACUUCUUUCUGGCCAAUCUCUCCUUCACCGACUUACUGUUUGUCACAAACACAAUCCCCAAGAUGCUGGUCAACCUUCAGUCCGAGAACAAAGCCAUCUCCUAUGCAGGAUGUCUGACACAGCUCUACUUCCUGGUCUCCUUGGUGGCCCUGGACAACCUCAUCCUGGCCACGAUGGCCUAUGACCGCUAUGUGGCCAUCUGCCACCCCCUCCACUAUACCACGGCCAUGAGCCCUGGGCUCUGUAUGUUGCUCCUCACCUUAUGUUGGGCACUUUCUAUCCUCUAUGGCCUCAUCCACACCCUCCUCAUGACCAGGGUGACCUUCUGUGGGUCCCCGAAGAUCCACUACAUCUUCUGUGAGAUGUACGUCCUGCUGAGGCUCGCGUGUUCCAACACUCAGACCAAUCACACAGUGCUGAUCGCCACAGGCUGCUUCAUCUUCUUCACCCCCUUAGGGCUCAUGAUCAUGUCCUAUGUCCGGAUCGUCAGAGCCGUCCUCCACAUACCCUCAGCCCCUGGCAAGUAUAAAGCCUUCUCCACCUGUGCCUCCCAUUUGGCUGUGGUCUCCCUCUUCUAUGGAACACUUAGCGUGGUGUAUCUGCAGCCUCUGCACACCUACUCCAAGAAGGACUCAGUGGCCACAGUGAUGUAUGCAGUGGUCACCCCCAUGAUGAACCCUUUCAUCUACAGCCUGAGGAACAAGGACAUGCAUGGGGCUCUGGGAAAACUCUUCCUAGGGAAGGCCUUCCAGAGGUUCACAUGA